CAGAACGACGGCUACAGCUGUAAAACUUAUCCUUAUUAAACUUCCUGCUACCCCCCUCUUCUCUUUCCAGGCUGGAGAACUUAUUUUCCAGAUCGGAACCAGGCCUAACGCUCUGCCUUCCUUUGCUUCAAGUUAUUGUGGAGAGCCGAAUCCACUUCUCUCUCGGAUAUCCAAACCUUUCUCAGUAGUCCCAACGCGCGCUAAUUGCUCUUCAGUCUUCACUUUGCUGAGUUCAAGUAAUCUCGAAAAGAUGGCCGAAGAGCAGCCAUGUCCUGAGGGACAGAGAUGCCAGGAAGGGCUGCGGUGUGCUAACAACUGCGGCUUCUUCGGGAGCUCGGCUACUCUCAAUCUCUGCUCUAAGUGCUACGGUGACCAUAUCAAGGCCCAGGAGGCUCUACUCGCCGUCGAGAAAUCCAUCAUCGCUGCCUCCUCCUCUUCCUCGGAGUCGGCCUUUUGGUCAUCAUCUCCGUCCUCCGACGCCGCCGUGGCCGCGCCGGAGUCGGCGAUGGAGGUGGCGGGGGAGGCGGAAGGGCCGAUGCGGUGCUCGGCUUGCCAGAAAAAAGUGGGGCUUAUUCGGUUCAAGUGUCGGUGCGGGUCGACGUACUGUGGGGCCCACCGGUACCCGGAGCAGCACGCGUGCUGCUUCGAUUUCAAGUCGGCCGGCCGCGACGCCAUCGCCCGCUGCAAUCCUCUAAUCAAGGCCAAGAAGCUUGACAAGAUCUAGACCGUUCAUUUCGCUGCUGGCGAGCAUUGUGAUGACGGUUAUGAUCGUGUCAAGUGAUCAGGAGUCGGUCGAUCGCUCUUUCUUUUCCUUAAUUUCAACGAUUUACUUUGAAUUUGGAGUCCAGUCACUGAAAUAUUUAGAUUUGUUGGACACGUGUAAAUACAUAAGUGGUCCGUUUAUGCUGUUAUAUAUUUGACGCUCAAGCUUAAUCACAAUGUUCUAUUUUUAUUU